UGGAGUUCCGCGAUUAGGGCAAUGAGUCAACGGGCCGCUAAAAUUUUUCAUCACAUAACAUAAACCGUUGCCCUUAUUCGAUGGACAUUCCUUUCCAUCCCCAUUGAAUUGAACCCUUGCUACCGCGUCAGCCACCACUUGACUGAAAAUAAGCGUCAGAGUUUUUGUUUCUAAAAGACUUCUUUUAGCCGCUUUCAGCAAUUUAGCCUAUUUGCCACCCCUUCUGCAGCAUUAUGGGCGCCCGCGAUGAAACAGCCCAGACCACGAAUGACCCAUCCCCCACGCCAAUUGAGCCCCCACCCGACGGGGGACUCAAUGCCUGGACACAGGCAGUGAUGGGACACAUGGUGUGCUUCAACACAUGGGGAUACAUCGCUAGCUUCGGGGUCUUCCAAGCGUACUACCAGAGCAGCUUAGGUGUAUCCUCGUCAGCAAUUUCAUGGGUCGGAUCCGUACAAAUCUUCCUGAUCUUCUUCAUCGGCACGUUCUCAGGCCGUGCACUAGACGCCGGGUUCUUCCGCCCAGUCUACUACACAGGGGUCCUCCUGCAGCUACUGGGGGUCUUCAUGACCUCGCUCGCGACCCGCUAUUGGCAGCUUUUCCUGGCUCAAGGUAUCUGCACCGGCCUGGGCAGUGGACUGCAGUUCUGUCCCGUAAUGGGAUUGGUCGCGACCUACUUCGCCAAGCGCAGGGUCUUCGCCUUGGCAUUUGGUCUCGUCGGAAGUGGAACCGGAGGUAUGCUCUUUCCCGGCCUUGUCAAGGCCCUCAUGCCUGUCAUCGGGUUCGCCUGGACCCUCCGUGUCCUGGGCUUCGUCAUGCUCGGUACCAGUAUCCCCGCUAUAGCCUUGCUCAAACCCCGGCUGCCACCGCGGAGGUCUGGCCCCUUCGUUGAGUGGUCGGCUUUCAGGGAACCGGCCUACGUGCUCUUUUGCGUCGGCAUGUUUUUGAAUUUCUGGGGCUUGUAUUUCGCAUUUUACUACGUGGGGGCGUUCGGUCGGUCGGUUAUUGGGCUGUCGUAUUCGGAUUCGACUAAUCUCAUUAUCGUUACCAAUGGUGUCGGUAUCGUGGGUCGUCUUAUCCCUGCGUUUUUGGCAGAUCGCUACUUUGGACCCCUCAAUACUAUUAUCCCGCUGGCGUUGGGUGCCAGUCUGAUGAUGUUCUGCUGGGCGGCCGUGCACUCGGUCGGGGGAUUGUAUGCCUUUGCCGUGCUGUACGGCAUGUUCUCCAAUGGCGUGCAGGGCCUGUGGCCGUCCACAUUGUCCAGUCUGACUCCGGAUCUCAGCAAGACUGGGGUCCGCAUCGGAAUGGGAUUUACCGUGGUGAGCUUCGCUUGUUUGACUGGUCCCCCUCUCGGCGGGGCCUUGAUUGCUAGGGCGGAUGGUUACAUUGGAGCGCAGAUCUGGGGUGGUUUGACCUUUGUAUUGGGCGCGUGCGUCUUGAUCACAGCGCGAGUGUCGAAAACUGGCAUGCAGAUGAAGGCUAGGAUUUGACAAGAGUACAUAGAUUCCGGUUGUAUUUAGAUCUGCCGCGGUUAUUGCGGACUAUUGCGGGGGCAAUCGACUAGUCUUGUGGUAUUUAUAUUAAGAUUAUCCGGUCCCGGUCAGCGAUGGCUGCUGAUCGUCAUUCUCCACUGUGACCAGAAGAACAGCUACGACAAAGAUUUUUCAAGCUUGGCAGUGAUAUUCUUCGUAUAGGUUAUAACUUAUGCACGAG